AUGAGAUCACACUGGUCAUGGUUAAUCGAGCGGCUGAGACCCGCUCAGUCGUCUCCAUAUUAUGCUUUUUACAUCCGAGAAUGUUUACAACAUGGUUAUAUGACAUUCACCCAGCUGAAAAUGCAUAUCGGCAUGCAGUUGGGUUUUGGAGAGUGGAAGCACUGUUACUACCCGAGGUCGCAGGACAAGCCUGUCCGGAUCGAUAUGUAUGGCGAUGGCAAUUGCUCCACCUGUGGCAUCCGCCACACCGGCUUCAAAGAGAUCUUCGCGGAAAUGACGGCAUUUCAUCGAUCCGAGAACGCGCAGAGGAAGAUGUUGGAAGAGAUUCCGAAGGUGGUUGUUGUGAUGCUGCUAACUUGGUUUUGUUACUUCCGCGAACAGUCCACGACGUCUGGUCAGAGAUGUCGCUGCCUCAGCAACUCAGAGCCUUGCCCUCUAUGCUCCUCGAGCGCCAGCCCUGCUGCCCCUGAUGCGCCCCGUGCUGUCUUUGGCGCCUUGAUGCUCCUGUAUUCCCAGCAAAAGUUCAUCCCGUGUAUCGAGAUGAUGAUGCCUUGGUCAUUGAACACAAUGGUCUUUUGGCACGGCCCGGGCUUUGUUGAUUCAAUGGGAAGUAGCGCGGAGGCUGAGGAUUUGGCUGAAGACGCAGAUCGCGAGUUACUCCGGCGCUACCAAGAAACAUCUGCCGUUGAACCUUCGUACAUCGGUUCCGGCAAGCGGUUAGGGUUAGAGCCCCUCAUUUCCACGAUCAUGAGAACGAGGAUGUGUAUCCUGGCACCUGUCGCGCCCUGUCGCGCCUGGGGAUCGGACACGCAGCCGGGAAAUUAUCUUUCCCCGGCAAGGUCCUCCCUCGCCCGUUCUGUUGUGCCUAGUGUUGCUUUCCAGCCGAUUCUCAGAUCGAAGUAG